CCACAUUUUCUAACUUGGGUACGACAUCAGGUUAGAUAGAUGUAGGUCGUUUGAUAACAUCUACCGAAUUGUAGCUUAUGACAAAAGUUCAUAUUGGUUAGUAGACUGAAUUCAUAACUGCAACCAUUUAACAAGAUAUUUAUCUGACAUUUUUGAACAACAGUGGACAUCAACAUCACAGGACCAUGGGGUCUAUCACAGUGACAUAAGACCGCCAUUCUGUAGCCAUGUCCAAAUUGAUCCCUACAUAUCUAUCUUUCAUUUGGAACAUCCCAAAACCUCAGUAUUUUCCCACAGUACAGAAGUAACAUAAACUUUAACUUUGCUAAAUGUUUGACUUGGCCCGACUGCAAGUUAGGGAGAGUAUAUUACUCCAGUUAACUGAGUGCUGUGCUGUUGUUGAACCAGCAGAUGUCAGCAGAGAGCCUUCCUCUCACUCUCCUCUCUGCUGCUCAGCACAUCAUCAUCUCUCCUCAGUGUCAGUCAUGAAAUGUGGCUAAAUGCCAUUAAGUCACAACUCUUUGCUCCACCUCCUCAUCACAUCUGGCAAACAAAGCAGCAGCAACAUGGAAAUCUACAAACGGUGAGUAACUAUCUCCUGUUCUCACUUUUUUUAAGCCACUAUAUCGUCUAGGGCCUUGACUCUCUUUUACAUUAAACAUCUGUGCUGUGUUUUGAGUAUUUCAUACAAAACUACGUCAUACAACAUUUUCUUUCCGCUUUUCAGUGAACCUACAUUUAUAGGAUGUUUACAAGUCAAAACAAUUCAGCCUCAUUCCCCCAAAAUUCCACCUGACAUAUUUGGUUUUGAAAAGGUUCUGUUGAACUUGCAUGUAGGAAUAUUUUUGAUGUUAAAAUUAUAAAAGUAUGUUUUUCCCAGAGAAUGAUGAGGUUUUCUAUUGGUUUACAUCUUGAAUAGAUGUCCUUGUACUGUAUUUAUUGAUUAAUGACAUAUGAUGACAGCCCUCCACUAUCCAAAGCUGAUUGGAUAGUGAAGGGCAUAGAUUCAUUAUGAUCAUUAGACAAAUUCACAUUUUACAUUUUCUUAGGUUUUAUUUACUUCAUUAUCAAAGAAGAAUUUAUCAGCUGACAACUGACUGACAUUUAAAUCUGCAGAAUUUUCUCACAGUCAAUCAUCCUCAUCUCUUUAGCUGAAUAUGUGCAGUGAUAACAUCCACUCAGAUUAAUAUAAUGAAAGAACUGGAUCAACAACUUCGCUGUUGUUUAUGAAUUUUGAUUCACUGAAAAAGUUUUUGCUUGCUCUAAUUCUUCCUCCUGUCCUCACUGUUCGCCAAAAUGCUCCCACUUCCGGUGACGGAGGCCAAAACGCACAGCUCUCCCUCUGAGCAGAAAUGUGUGUAAAGGCUACAGUUCAUCUGAAGUGAACAUGAAGCCUUCACUCUAAGUCAGACCACGCAUGUCUUCUCAGACUGUAAUCUUUGGAAGAUCCCCACCUGCUUUGUUUGAGUCAAGCUACUGAAGCCUUGUGUUUACUGAAAUGUACCAAAGCGCCAUGUGGCUGUGUGACUGACAGCUUUACAACUCACUGCUGGCCUGCUGCUAUAAUGGAAACUGUAUCUGUGCUGCGUUAAUCAUGUCACCCUCUCCGCUCAGACUGUUGUGUAACAAUUGCUCCAUCCCCCUUGCUUGUCUCUGUGGGAGGGAACCUGAUAGCGUCUCUCCAGCAUCCAGUCCAUGGAGGCGACUUCCUGCAGUAGAAAUUUAUGAGGUUCCUCUGAGAGUUGCAGAGGUAUUUCUGGAGCCUGUUGGCCCAUUGGCCUGAAGUUUCUCCACUACCAUAAAGAGGGCUGACUUUUCUGCUGAGUGGGCACUUCGCACCCUAUAUACCCUGUUUAUUCUUUACUGUAUGGGACUUGGCAGCGUCUCUGCCCCUUCUUCUUCGCCUUCCUCGUCACGUUCAGUAGGUGAGAGUCUCUCCUGCCGCUUCUUUUCGCUCUGGCAGCAAACAAACACACUGAGGUUCUUGCUAGCAAGUGGGAGUUUGGUUUAUUCUACAGAUGUGGUUUGAACUGUGUUGGACUGGUUAUUAAAGGUGGUGCUGCAUGUGUGACCUUUGACCCCUGAAGCUGCAUUCAGAGGUUUGGAGGUAGAAACAGUAGCUGAGAUUAACUGUACUUGUUGAAGGACACUGAAGGGCAUUUAGCUCAGGCACGUUGAAGUUUGUAUUCAAACCUUAAGUGAAACUGACGCAAAUAAUUCGUUUUGAUGGGGUCUUAGUGCAAAAUCAUGGCCUUUGGAUGUGUUUGUGUGUCUUGCAUUGGUGAAAAAUGAAAUGUUGAGGUUUGGUAUUUAAAGUAAGAAAUGCAUGUUAGCUCAACCCCGCUUAAUUUCCAAUUUAUGUUAAAAGUCAUUCAAAUGAAUUAUCUGAUAUUAUAUUGCUUUUCUCUGUUCAGUCUUUCUAUUCUUUUUUGUGAUUCUCCUCAUACGACGAAGAUUAAUGUUUGUGAGCAAUUUUGAAAUGAUGGAAUACCUUUCCACAGUGGUGGAAGAGAACCAGUUCUGAUAAUAAUGAUUCAGAAUCUUUUUAUACAUUUGUAUAUGUUCACAUUAUCAUUAUUUGUGGGGAAACUGACCAGUUUCAAGCCUCAAAGCCUCUGCAUUAAUCGUGUCUGACUCUUUAUAUUAGGAUCUUAACAGUUUCUGCCCCCCCCGGUGGAUGCUGGAGUUGGUGUUAACAGCUCUCACUACGUGCUUCGAGCUGCAUUUGGUUGCACUGUUGGUGGCAUUUCGUGCUCAGUUCUUUGGCUCGCCGUAAGAAGUUAAAUUCCAAGCAGAAUGUCUUCAGAGGGGCCAACUGUUCCGCUUCAGGGCCGCGGCAUCUGACCACCGCCCAUCCAAAUUUAGCCAGUUUGUGGACACCGGCAGCAGGUUUUCCAUGAUAGUAAAGUGUAUCACGUUACCUGCUGGAGGUCAAAGGGUCAUUGAUGGAUAACAUGGGGACAACAAGACUUGUCCAGUUCAGUCAGUGUGUUAUAUAGAACCUGUCUGCUUGUGUUUAACUGAGUGUUUUCUGUUUCUGAACAGGGUGUAAAGAUCACAAGCAGCCAACAUGUCUGAGUGAGUACAGUCUUCCUCUACUUCUUCUCCUUCUUCACUGUACUGGUCUUGUUAACCUGCCAAAGAGAACUAGACUAAAACUAUGCAGAUUUCGUCUGACUCUUUAAAACAGCAGCUCUUUACAUGUAUUUUAUACCACCUUGGGGCACUGCCCCACAUCUCAGGGGUGUUUUGGAUUUAAAUACUAGUGUAGUUCCCACAGUGAUGUUUAAUCAGAAUGAACAUAGGAAUUGAUAAAACACGUUCUGCUGUGAUCAGAAAGUAGUUGAAUAUUUUUGACAUUCUGAAAAAAACAUAUGAGAUGAUGUAUGUUAUGAUUUUGUGCUUUAAAAAUACAACUGAAUUCAACUGAAAUUGAAAAUGUAAUCAGUCUAUUUUGUGACCUGCACCCAAAUGCAAACUUAGUCAUGUUAGGAGCUUUGUUUUGGAGCAUUAGGAACCAUUACUUUUUACAUCCAAAUAACUGAGAUAAUAAAUAAAUAAAUAUACUCGGCAAAGAUUGUGGGAACUGCUGGGUCUCUAUCAUUUUUAAGAUCUUGACCUUAAUAUGUGAAGUAUCUUGAGAUAAUGUAUGUUAUGAUUUUGCGCUAUACAAAUAAUAUUGAAAUGAUUUGAAACCGAAACUCUGAAAGCAUCUGUGAAAUAAAAGCUCAUAGUGAAUAUAAAUGUUGCAGGAUAGUUUAUAGGUCGACCUUUAGCUUCAGAUGUCAGCAGCUGUAAGUGUUGCUGGCAUGUGUGAGGAGAAACACAUCAACUGCAGGCUGAUAAUGUUAUAUUAAUACAUUUGAUCAAUUUAUAUUUUCAAAUGGUUGCGGUUUGUUUUCCCCCCACAUAUCACUGCAUGAUGAAGCACUGACAGUUUUACUCAUCGGCUUCAUUGUCGUCACUUUAAGUACCGAUAUUUUAUUCAUGUGUUGGUGUGACAUGAUUUAUCCUUCAUGUCUUCUGCUAACUAUAAGAAUUCUCAAUUUUAUCAAGUCUUUCUGAAACAAGUGAAAGAACGCCAGUGGGGGGUGCUGCUGUUGUACAGGAAUAGUUUGGUUAUUAACCAUUUUUCGGUUAUAAAUGAUGUGCUGUCCUGUCUAUACAAUAAGUGUAUGGUCACAGCAGACUCAGUUCUACAGGGCUGCAGAAGCAUUCAUUGCACCCUCAAAUUAAUAUUCUGCACCCUCAGUUGAAGUUAGAGGUGGAAUAAUCGAUGUCAUCAUUUAAUCAGUGGGAACUAAUGUAUUAGUGCGUUGCAUGAUAGUGUGUCAUGCUGGGUCACGUUGGACUGCGCAGCUGCUGGACCAUAAAUACCCAACUCAAACACACAGCAGGCUAAAGGGUUCAUUUUGGGAGCGCUGCACUACAGGAGUAUUAUAUCCUGUGAUGCUGGUUUCUGUCAGUAGGGGGUAGUAUUCAGCUUUGGAUCCUCCGGGGACUAUUCACUUAUUUUGUUAACACCUCUCCAGUUCCACAAUAAUCCAUAACUCAUUACAGUAACAGUAACUUAUUAUUUUUAUUGCUGUAGCUGGUUUUAUUUCAGUUAUGCCCAUUUGUAACUCAAGUUAGUUACUGUCUGGUUUCUAAAUAUAUGCGGCCUUAACAAGACAUUAAACCUAGAUUGACACUCAGUAGAGCCCUUACCUCUGCCAACAGUCCCAUUAAAUUCAAAUAAGCUGCUUACACUUAUUGCACCAAUUGCUCAAAAAAUUACUUUAUUGCACAAUGUUAAAGAACGUGAUAAAAAACUCCUGAUGAAGAUAGGCACAAAUAUGUAACGGGUUCUUUCCUGACAGACGCAUCCUUCCACCGAGUGUCAUGGCAACCUGUCUAGAUGUUUUUUGUAAUGUUGCUUACAAACAAACAACCCACUAAACAAACGGACUGGGGUGAAUGAAGGUUUUAGUCUGAUGUUGGUGGACGACAAUGACAUUCAUGUGUCAAUGUGCACUGGUGCAGGCAGCCGCCAGUUAGCUUAGCUUAGCGUGAAGUAUGAAAACAAGGAGGAACAUUGAACCUGGUUUCAUCCAAAACACAUCCAACACAUCCACCUCCCAGCACCUCAAUGUCUAAAUACAAUGAUUUAUUGUGUGUAUCUGACUGUUUCUUUGCACACAACCACAUGUAAAACAGUUUUUAAGGUAUGUGUAGCAUGUUGAGCUUUAGAGGAGCUGGUACUCCAGGAGAAGUUUGUCAUGCUGACUCAUUUUCAGCCUUGACGCUAAGCUAAGCUAACAAGCGGCUGUUGUUUCCUUUUAUUUGAUGUACAAAUAUGUAAUAUGAGCGUUCUCAUGCAACUAUCUGCCAAAGAGCAAAUAAAUGUCUUUAAAAAAUUGUAAAACUAACUAUUCCUUUAUUGCACAAAAGUUCCAUGAUUUUCUGAUCAUAACUUUCUUAUAUUUGCCUCAAAGGGUAAAGAAAAUGACGUCCAGCCGCAGGCAUCACCUGAAGAGUGUGAUGCUGCAGAUUGCUGCCACCUGGAUCGAGCAGGAGAAGAAGGACGCUGUGGCGACAAAGGAGGCCUACAUGGCCGAGACAUGUCCAGCCCCUGAAGUCAACGUAGACCAGGCAGCCCUCAUGGAAAUGUGCAAAAAGAUCCACCAGUUCAUUGACAAGAUUGACGAUGAGAGGUACGACGCCCUGUCCAAAGUACAGAAGGCCGACAAGGAGAUCGAGGAGCUGAAGCUGAAGGUGGUGGAGCUGGCCGGAGUGAAGAAACCCGCCUUGAAGAAGGUGCGUAUGUCUGCUGACGCCAUGCUGCAGGCUCUGCUGGGAGGAAAACACAAGGUGACCAUGGACCUGAGGGCCAACCUGAAGCAAGUCAAGAAGGAGGUCAAAGAGGAGCCUGCAGAAGCAGCGGGUGACUGGCGUAAGAACAUUGAGGAUAAAGCCGACAGGAAGAAGAUGUUCGAGACCUCCUAAAUCCUGGACUGGAGAUGACGACGGCAGGGGAGACGUUUCUGUCCGAGGUCUGAGAGACGGAAUGUAUGUGUCCCUGAGUCCUAGCAGGACACACCGGGACAAGAAUUUAGACACUUCCAUUCUUUUCUUUUCUUUUCUUUUUUAUUUUGUGAUACGGUCACUCCGAGAGAAACUGAACUCAACCAAAGUAACAGUCACAAGAUCUGACAGAGACACAUCAGUUCAAAAUGUACAAGUUUUCACUGAGUCAUCAGAAAUAAAUGUUUUGAAAUAAGACUUAGUUUGUUUGAUACUUUUAUCUGCAUUUUAAUCACUCUUCGUUUUGUUUUUUCCAAAUCACACUUCAUCAAAGUGUCACUUAAACCCCACAUUAUAAUGAGUUAUAAGUUAGCGAAAGCAUCCCAAAGAAAGCUUAACAUUCUGGUUAAUGUGUUUGAGUACUAUCUUUCUGAGAGUAGGAUAAGAAGAAGCAUCUCUCUCUCGAGUCUGAACUUUUAUUAGAGGAUGUGUUUACCUUAGCUUAGCUUAGCAUAAAGACUGGAGACAGAGGGAAACAGCUAGCCUGGCUCUAUCCAAAGUUAACACACAGAAAUGACAUUGAAAUGUUGAACUAUUCCUUUUGAAGACACACCAGACAAAAGACAACUUCAACACAAGUAUCACAAAAUAAAAUCAAACACAUCUUAAAACUGCUGAUUUGUGUUUUUAUCUCUAAGGACACGAUGAGAGGAAACUAGUGUGAACCUGUUUAAUGGAAAACAACAUGUAGGUCAAACUCAUGUUAAAAACACAGAGCUUUCUAUUUGUUCAGAAGUCUGUAAAUAUAUACAAUAGAUAAAAUGAGGCACAAGACAAGUGAAUAUUUCCAUUUGAUGGGAUGGAGCAGCUUAAAAACAUUGUGUUUGGGUCGAAGUUGAAGAUAUUACUUUAAAAAACCCUCAGUUUAAGGUUAAAGAGUGUCCUCAGUUUCUUUCUAUCCAGGAGAUCUUGACGCCUUCAGAUCUACUUGAAGUCUUUUCACAGAGAGGGCGGUUAGCACAGCGGGGCCGGGCUGGGUGUAUUUCAGGAGCUCGUCGGCCCAUUGGUCUGGCCAGGAAUCCAUUUCCAUAAAGAGGAUCUGGGCAAUUUGCUGAGGCAUCGCAAUCCACCAUAUAUACCCUAUUUCAUUUUUCACUGUCUGUGGCUUUGGCAGUGGCUCAUUUUCUUCCACCAAGUGUGUCUUGUCCUCUUCUUCCUCUUCUUGAUAGCUUGUGAACCGCAAAAACUCUCACGAUGUCUGAG